UGACGUCAUGGCACGGUGCCCGUCCAUGUUUAGAGAAGAAGAAGAAGAAAGAGAAGAAGAAGUUUGUAGUUUAUGUUGCUUCAGUAAAACUCCAGGCAUCAUAGGUGCGGGUUUCAAGUAGAACUAAGAGCUAAGCUAAACAGUUAAUUCAUAAGUUUCGGGUUUUUUUUAGGAGCUGACACAAUUAAACCAAACCGUAUUUAAUGUUUUAUCUCAGGUGACAAUAUUAUAAACUGUUUUUAAAAACCCGGUGAGGACCAGGAGGUUCUGGAUUUAAGCCCCAGCUAUCGACCCUUUUUUCCUGGAUGGUCUUCUUUUUCUUUCAUUUUUUCUUUUUUUUUCUUUUGGUUAAUAAAAAAUAAAAAAUAGGUUCCUCAUCCUAUUUUUUAUUUCCUCGGAGAGUCUCUCUCGUGUUGUAUGAACCGUGUCGAGGCGGUAGCGGAGGCGGCGAGGGGCCGGGGGCUCCGCCUGCAGAGCCGGGCUUCAGGAUGAGGAUGCCCCGCGGAGGACGCCUGUUCCUGGCGACGUGCCUCGGCUCGCUCUUCGUCCUUGUGCUUUACUUCCAGAGCAUCACCAAGCCAGAUCCUGGUUUGAAGACUGGCAGCAGACCAGGAAAGAUCAGGAGAAGUCCCCUCCAGACCCUCUACAAUGGAGACCAGCGGGAGCUGUCGUCGGAGCAGCGGUACCUCCAGGAGCGCAGGGACCUGCUGGAGGACGCGUGUCUGAGCCACACGAGGAAACGCCGCGUGCUGUCGCCCGAGGACCUCAAACACCUCAUCGUGGACGACAAGCACAGCCUCAUUUACUGCUACGUCCCCAAGGUGGCCUGCACCAACUGGAAGCGCGUCCUGAUGGUCCUCACCAGCGACGGCCGCUACACCGACCCCCUCGCCAUCCCGGCCAACGAGGCCCACGUCGCGGGCAACCUGCGCACGCUCUCCGAGUUCUCGGUCCCGGAGAUCAACCAGCGCCUCCGCAGCUACCUCAAGUUCAUCUUCGUGCGGGACCCCUUCGAGCGCCUGGUGUCGGCCUACCGCAACAAGUUCACGCGGAGCUACAACACGGCCUUCCACAAGCGCUACGGCACCAAGAUCAUCCGCCGCCACCGGCCCAACCCGGACCCCGAGGCCCUGGAGAAGGGCAGCGACGUGUCCUUCCGGGAGUUCGUGCAGUACCUCGUGGACCCGCGGACGCAGCGGGAGGAGCCGUUCAACGAGCACUGGGAGCGGGUCCACUCGCUCUGCCACCCCUGCCUCAUCCACUACGACGUGGUGGGGAAGUACGAGACUCUGGAGCCGGACGCUCAGGCCGUGCUCAGGUUGGCCGGGGUGGACGGGGUGCUCCGGUUCCCGACGUCCGGCAAGAGCACCCGGACCGACGGCAACAUGGCCGCCCGCUUCUUCAAGCACAUCAGUCCCUUCUAUCAGAAGAAACUCUUCAACCAGUAUCGGAUGGACUUCCUGCUCUUCAACUACUCCACGCCGGAGUAUCUGAGAACUUGAUUAGUAGUUUUUUCUUUCGUGACAUUUCUACCGACGAUAAAUUUUGCACUUUUUGUUUUGGUCGCUUAGGACUUUUUACGUUACGCCGCAAGCAGAGACUUGUCACUACAGUGUCUCCAGCGAGAUCAACCUGCUGACGAUUGUUCAGUUUGCGGGGACUUUUAAAUAAAAACCAAAACGUCAGCCUGAGAAGACGCUACCACACAUCUGCCGCCAUUCAACAGCUGCAAAGAGACGCACGAAACCCCGUCUCUGCGAACUGCUCCUUUCUGUAUUUAUUUCAAUUACUCACCGAGAUGUUACAUCAUCAGACCUUUGCUUUGACUUCACCGUUUAGCUUCGACGAGCUGGUGAAACCUCCCGCGGUGCCCACUACAGUACAAAUCUUCUCACGGCUUCUUCUUCUUUUCUGUCAUCUCAGAACUAAUGAGCCAUAAAUGAAUAAAUAGAAAUCAGACUCAGAGGAGCAGGUUCUCCUCACGACGAUCAAAACGUUGCUGACUGUGAAACUGAACGCGGCACUUACAGCACAGUGCACGGUCAGGAAGGCCUUUAUUUAUGUCUGUCUGUGCAUAAAGUAUUUAUUGUUCUAGAAACGUGUAGUAGUGAGGGUUUGGGCUCACGGUCAAAAAAAAAAAGUUUUAUAUGAAAGAACGAGGUCUUUUCUCAUUCAGAGUGAAUAUUUACUAGCAUGGAAAGUUACUUGCUGUCUGUCUGUCUGGGCUUUUGCACAUAAACCGAUGCCAAAUAGAAAAUCCUCUGGGCAUCUUCGACCCGGGGGCUCGUCACGAUGUCUGAGAGAACAUUUCACGGGGAGCUCACGGACACUCCCUCAUUCCAGUGAAAGCUUGUUGCCAUCCCUCAUCCGUCGCUGUCUGUACUUAGCUCUGGGCAGGUAGGCUGAACAAACAGCCGCAUAGCUGUGGUCGGGGCUGGGUCCGGCCCAAGCUCUGGCCCCCGGUCAGAGCUCCCCUUGUUGGUACCGACGCGUGCCACGCGAAAAGGGUUAAUCCGCCUACGAUCAUCCGCACUGCAGGGCCUCGUUUCGGAAAAAUACGGUAAAUAAAUAAAUAAAUAAAUUAAAAA